AUGGCUUCACCAGGAAAUCCAAAUCCAAACCAACCUGGUGGAGGUCAAUUUGAUAUGAAUAAAUUAUUCAGAACUUCGACUCCUCCACUCAUUUCUACUUCAAACCCCAAUCUGCAAAACCCUAAUAAUAAUACCAGCAGUAACCCUAAUUUUAUUACUUCCCCUUUUCCGCCCCCGUCAGCUUCUUAUCCUCCACCGGUGGGUAAUGGUGUGCCCUACUCAUAUCCGCCUCAAAUUGCGGAUUUCCACCAUCCCGUGUACAAUAAUCUCCCAAAUCAUUCACCGGCGAAUCAGGAUUUUGCUAAUAUGCACGCUCAGAGGUCAUUGUCUUAUCCUACACCGAGUUUCCAACCCCAGACCCCUACUAGUCCCCUUCAUCACAAUUUUCAAAACCCACCAAGUUCCCAGAACACUAGCAACCCCAACCCCGGGGCUCGGCUUAUGGCCUUGUUGAGUGCCCCGCCUUCCACGUUGGAAAUCCCGCAGCAACCCACCAUGCCAAAUUCCCAACUCCAUCCAACAUCUUCGGCUGGCUCUGAUUUCUCGUCGCCGCAGAAUGUAACCGUGCUGCCCUCCCGGCCAAACCUUGGGAUUUGGCAUCCGGGCCCUGUGAUAAGAAUGCCCAGCAGUAAGCUCCCGAGCGGACGGCAUUUGAUGGGGGAUAAUUUGGUUUAUGACAUAGAUGUUAGGUUCCCCGGGGAGGUGCAGCCUCAGCUUGAGGUUAGUCCCAUCACUAAAUACGGGUCUGAUCCGGGACUCGUUCUGGGCAGGCAAAUUGCAGUUAAUAAGUCGUAUAUAUGCUAUGGGCUCAAGUUGGGUGCCAUUCGGGUUCUUAAUAUCAACACUGCUCUGAGAUCACUGCUUAAAGGUCUAGCUCAGAGGGUCACAGACAUGUCUUUCUUUGCUGAGGAUGUUCAUCUCUUAGCCAGUGCAAGUAUGGAUGGUCGGGUUUAUGUAUGGAAGAUUAUUGAAGGUCCAGAUGAAGAAGACAAACCUCAAAUAACUGGAAGGAUUGUUAUCGCUCUUCAAAUUACCGGAGCUGGGGAAUCUGUUUAUCCAAAAGUUUGUUGGCACUGCCAUAAACAGGAAGUACUUGUAGUGGGAAUUGGAAAGCAUGUGUUGAAGAUUGAUACCAUAAAAGUUGGAAAAGGUCGAGUGUUUUCAGCGGAAGAGCCUCUCAAAUGUCCUGUUGAGAAGUUAAUUGAUGGGAUUCAACUUGUUGGUAGCCAUGAUGGAGAAGUGACAGAUCUGUCGAUGUGCCAGUGGAUGACCACCCGUUUGGUAUCUGCUUCAGUGGAUGGCACGAUAAAGAUUUGGGAUGAUAGGAAGUCACUCACAAUUGCAGAACUCCGGCCACAUGACGGCCAACCAGUUAAUUCUGUUACAUUCUUGGCUGCUCCUCACCGCCCAGACCAUAUCAUUCUUAUCACAGGGGGUCCAUUGAAUCGGGAAUUGAAGAUAUGGGCAUCCGCAAGUGAAGAAGGUUGGUUACUUCCUAGUGACGCUGAAACAUGGCACUGUUCCCAGACAUUGGAAUUGAAGAGUUCAGCCGAUGCUCGAGUAGAAGAGGCUUUCUUCAAUCAAAUUUUAGCAUUGUCACAAGCUGGUCUUCUUUUACUGGCAAAUGCCCAAAGAAAUGCUAUAUAUGCUGUGCACUUAGAAUUUGGUCCUAACCCAGCAUCAUCCCGCAUGGAUUACAUUGCAGAAUUUACUGUCACUAUGCCAAUACUGAGUUUUACAGGGACGACUGAAUUACUGCCUCACGGUGAACAGAUUGUUCAGGUGUAUUGUGUCCAAACCCAGGCUAUUCAGCAGUAUGCAUUGGACUCUUCACAGUGCUUUCCACCCCCAUCAGAAAAUGUAGUUUUUGAGAAGUCAGACUCUGGCAUCUCAUAUGAUGCUUCCGGUAGUGAAGGACUUGCCAAUAUGGAGUCUUCUGGUAGUAAACCGAUUGAGAUUCCUAAUGAAACAUCUAACUUACAGGAAUUCGCUACCUCGAGCAUGGAAACCAAAAAGAUUCCUUCAUCUGCGGUAACUGAUGAUAAAACUAGUGCUUACAUGGCAUCACCUCCAAUUCCUUUGAGCCCCAGGUUGUCUAGAGAACUCUCUGGUUUUAGGAGUCCGUCCGGCAGCUUUGAACCAGGUCUUCCAGUCAAAGACCGCGGUACCGAUCCUAAAGUUGUUGAUUAUUCGGUUGAUAGACAAAUGGAUGCCUUACAUGCAAACUUGUCCGAUGUUCCUUCACUGGAUGAUGAUUCAAGGAAGGACAAAAAUAAACUUUCUCAAGAUGAUAUUUCUAUGACCACUAAUCACCCUAUUAAGUUUAAACACCCCACUCAUCUGGUAACUCCAUCUGAAAUAUUGAUGGCCAAUGCAUCAUCUGAAGCGAGCCAUGCUAAUGAGCCCAAAAAUGAGGGUGAACUAACCAUUCAAGAUGUGGUGAUUAGUAACGAUACAAGAAAUGUUGAGGUGGAGGUCAAGGUUGUGGGCGAAACAAGAUUCAGUCAUGAUAACGAUGUUGUCUGUCAAGAUGAACUUCACAAUUUUGUGUCAGAAAACAAGGAGAAAUAUUUUUGCUCUCAAGCCUCUGACCUAGGAAUGGAGAUGGCUCGAGAUUCUCGUGGAUUGUUACCUGAAACUUGUAACAUGGAGGAAGCUAGGCAGUUUGAUGAGUCCAGUGGAAAUGAGGAAGUGGCCCAAUCUUCAACCACAGAAGAAAUCCAUGACUCUGCAAAGGAAGUCUAUAGAAAGGCUAUUGAUUCAUCAGCAGCUACGCCAGUUCAACAACCGCCGCCACCAAAUUCAAAAGGGAAAAAGCAAAAGGGUAAAAGUGCUCAAGGAGGUCCAUCUUCACCAUCACCCAGUGCUUUUAAUUCAACAGAUUCUUCUAAUGAACCAGGCAUCAACUCAAGUAACCCUUCCAUGGAAACUUUACUUCCACAAAUUUUGUCUAUGAAAGAGAUGCUUAAUCAGGCUAUAGCCAUGCAAAAAGAUAUGCAAAAGCAGGCGACAACGAUGGUUGCUGUCCCACUUACCAAAGAAGGCAGAAGACUUGAAGCAGCCUUGGGACGGAAUAUGGAGAAGGCUCUCAAGGCUAAUGCUGAUGCUUUAUGGGCUCAUUUUCAGGAGGAGAAUGCAAAACAGGAAAAGGCAUCACGGGAGUGUACGCAGCAACUAACUAAUAUGGUCAGCAAUUGCUUAAACAAGGACUUGCCUGCAAUUUUGGAGAAAGCUGUUAAGAAAGAAUUAACUGCAGUGGGACAAGCUAUGGCACGCACAAUUACUCCUUCUAUUGAGAAAACAGUAUCCACCUCGAUUUUGGAGACCUUCCAGAAAGGAGUUGGUGAUAAAGCUGUAAAUCAGCUGGAGAAAUCCGUCAAUUCUAAACUUGAAGCUACUGUUGCUAGGCAUAUCCAAGCACAAUUUCAGACUUCUGGCAAGCAAACUCUUCAGGAAACUCUGAAGUCCAGUUUGGAAGCUUCUGUGAUCCCUGCGUUUGAGAAUUCAAGCAGGGCCAUGUUUGAGCAAUUGGAUGCUGCAUUUCAGAAAGGAAUGGUUGAACAUACAGCUGUAGCUCAGAAACAAAUUGAGUCGUCAUAUUCACCCAUGGCACUUGCUUUGAGGGAUGCGAUCAAUUCAGCAUCAUCGGUGACUCAAUCCCUAAGCACCGAGUUGCUUGAUGGUCAAAGAAAGUUGUUGGCUCUUGCUGUUGCUGGAGCAAACUCAAAAGCAACAAAUCCAUUGAUUAGCCAACUGAGUAAUGGCCCUUUGGGUGGUCUGCAUGAGAAGCUUGAGGUACCUCCAGAUCCAACAAAAGAGCUAUCAAGAUUGGUAGCUGAGCACAAGUACGAGGAGGCUUUCACUGCAGCCCUGCAAAGAAGUGAUGUUUCUAUUGUAUCGUGGUUGUGUUCUCAGGUUGAUCUACAGGGAAUUUUGUCAAUGAAUCCCAUCCCUCUGAGCCAAGGCGUACUCAUUUCUCUUCUGCAGCACUUAGCUUAUGAUAUUAGCAAAGAAACACAUAAGAAACUACCUUGGAUGUGCGAGGUGCUGCCCGCCAUAAAUCCAACUGACCCAAUGAUUGUGGUGCAUGUCCAACCUAUCUUUGAGCAGGUUUAUCAAAUACUGAAUCAUCAUCGGAACCUCCCUACCACAACAGGUCCCGAACUUUCGAACAUCCGUCUGAUCAUGCAUGUUAUCAACUCCAUGCUUAUGACCCCUAAAUGA